GGGCCCAUCCGCGUGCUGUUUACCAGGAUAUUUUAGACCCUGAAGAGAUCACAUAUUUACUGCCAGGGGUUGGAUGAUCUUGCCAUUUGGCAUGGAGAGGGAGGAAAAGAGCACAGGCGGGCCAGAGCUGGAGAGAAAGUGAAAGGGAGAGAGAGAGAGAGCGUGAGGGGCUGUAAAAGAGAGGAUUGCUCUGGACUCUGCAGGAAAAGAGGACAGCCUUAUUUCAGUCUAAAAAAGCAACAGAACAGGACAGAAGUGAAGUGAAACUGAAGCCCGGAGGAGGAGCUGCUGUCCCAGGGCUGGUCCCUGUGCUCCACAGCAGCUCACUGCCAAGGCGUGCGUGUGUGUUUUUGUGUGUGUAUGCGUGGAGGCGUGAUGAGAACGCGGGGAGAGGCUGCGGGACGGGGAGGAGUGCACACUCGGCCGAGAUUUACCGGGACUCCGUGAGGCGCAGGCAGCCCACUGGAGCACAGGACUCUACUGAAUUAGGCAGAACAGACGUACGCACUGGCUGGCUGAGUGUAUCUUUCCCUUUGACAGGGAAAUACAGGAAGAAAACUUUAGCGGUUUGUUUUUUUAUACUUGUUCUGCAGCUGCAUAAAGGACCAGCAUCUCCGGCACCAUGAGUCGAUGGCUUAAAUGCACCUCCAUGUAUUUUAACACAGACUGGAACAAAUAUGACGACAGGCUGAUGAAGGCAGUAGAAAGGGGUGAGGUGGACAAGGUUGCAGCUGUACUCAGUAAGAAGGGCAUCAUCCCCACAAAACUAGACGUUGAGGGUCGCUCUGCUUUCCAUCUUGCUGCCACCAGAGGACAUCUGGACUGCCUUAACCUCAUCCUUGGCCACGGCGUUGAUGUCACAGCCACUGAUGCCACUGGGAAAAAUGCCCUACACCUGGCAGCCCGCAAUGGACAGUCACUGUCUGUGCAGAAGCUACUGCAGCACAGCUGUCCUGUUGGAAACGUUGACCUGCAGGGGAGAACAGCGCUGCAUGAUGCUGUCAUGGCAGGCUGCUCCUCCAGUGUUAAGCUGUUGUGCGACAGCGGGGCUUCUGUCAAUGCCAGUGACUUUGACGGUCGAACUCCGUUGGUGCUGGCCACUCAGAUGUGUCAUCCCCGUAUCUGUCAGGUCCUGCUGGAUCAAGGAGCUGACAUCAGAGUGAGAGACAAGCAGAACAAAACUGCAUUGAUCCUCGGUUGUGAGUAUGCAUGUAAGGACGCUGUGGAGGUUUUGCUGAGGAACGGCGCUGAUGUCACUGCUGUGGACGGCUUCGGCCAUGACAGUUAUCACUACGCCCGACUCGGCAAAAACCAGGACCUUGUCAACCUCGUCAAGAGCUACCUGGACAGUGCCACGAAAGCAAAAGAGGCAGCCAGGAUGGAACAGAAAAAGAGACAGCUGUCUGUGGAUGCGGCCUCUGAGACGUUGUUUAAUAGGGAUCAGAUCAUUCACGACCUGGAGAAACAGAAUGAAAGCCAACAAGAAUCCCUGAGGAAAUAUCAUCAGGAGCAAAGGGCUCUGCUGGACAAAGUUAACAUGCUGCAACAGCAGCUCAGUCAGGAAAAAUCAACGGUGGAGGACAUUCACAAAGAGAGAGAACAACUGAAGCUCCUGCUGUCCGCCAAAGAGAAAGAAGAAGGAGCCAGGGCUACAGAGACCGUGAAGGUUCAGCUUCGGAGCCAUCUUGGAGAUUACUCAGGCCAGUCUGUGAUUAAAGGAAAAGAAAAUGUCCUUGUCAGGCAGUCUCACAGCCUGGAUUCAGCUCAGAUUUUGCAGCCUUCGGUUCAGUCUCGUUCCAUGUCCCGGCCAUUGGAGCUCUCUCACCCUGUGCCUGGGACUCCUAGUGAGGUGGACACACUACGGCAAGAGCUGAUCUCCACUCGUAAGAAGCAUGAUGCCACACAGGAAGAGGUAAGCCGCCUGAAGGCAGCACUGACACAGAAGAUCUGUGAGUACGAGGAGCUGGCCAGACUUCGUGAGCAGGCCAAGCACGAAGCAGAUCAGCAGAUCCAGGAGCUGGAGGGGGCACUGGGAGACGUGCAGAAGAGGAUGCUGGACUCUGAGGCCAAGGUCAAGCAGCUGCAGGCCCACGUGGUGGCUGUAAAAGAACACCUCGGCAACCAGAUGGUGGACGACCUCAAAGCUCAGCUUGGCGAGGUCAAGGCCAAAUACGAGGGUGCAUCAGCUGAGGUUGGCCGGGUUAGGAACCACCUGAAGCAGAGUGAGAAAGCCUUGGAGGAGUACAAGAAGAGUGAGGGUGUCUUGGCUCAAGAGGUCGAGAAGAUGACAGCUGAGCUGAACGCAAUGAAAGAAGAGCGUGAGGUGAUGGCUGACACCCUCUUAGAAAUGGAGGCUCAAGUUAAAGAAGCAGAAGCCCAUCUGGCAGCCAUGGUGCCCGGGGAGAAGUUUGACAACAUGAAGAACCUUCUGACCAACGCUGUGGAUGAAAAGGAGAGGCAGCUGGCCGAGCUGAGGGAGGACUAUGACCGUGUGCUGGAGGAGGUGGCGGAGCUCCACAGGGAGGCAGGCGGCCAGGAUACCGUCCCGCUCCAGGAGCAUGAGAGGAUCAAGGCCACCCUAGAGGAGCAGGGCGCCAUCCUGAAGAAGAAGCUGGCUGAUGUCACCUCCAAGUGCCAAUCACUGAUCCACGAGCUGGAAGAAGGUGAGGAUGAGAAGGAAAUUCUCCGGGAAGAGCUGCAGGAGCUCACACAGAAUCUCCAGACUAAGUUCAUUCCUGUCGACUGUCAUGAAGAGAUGAAGAAGGGCCUGGAACGCGCCAUGGAGGAGCUGAAGGAGCAGCUGGAGGAGACAGAGGAGCGUCUGAAAAGAAUCCAGGAGGAGAAGGUCUCACUCUCUGAGAAUGUAAACAACCUAAAGAGCACUCACAUGCCCCGUGAAAGGUAUGAAAGCGAAGUGGCUGCGCUGUCUUCUCAUAGCGCAGAGUUGGAAAAGGACUUGGAGAGUCUCCAGAGGAAGUUCCAGGAAAAAGUGAAGGAGCUUGAGGUUGUGGCAUCUGAGAACACGUCACUGAAACAGAGUAUGGGGGAAGAGUUUGUUAAAAAGGAAGUGCAUGAGCAAGUGCAGACAGAGUUGGGUGAAGCAUUGGAGAAAGCCAAGACUGAAAUUGCCAAGUUGGAGAAAGACGGAGAAGUCAGAGAGGAAGAGCUGAGGAAGGUGAAAGAAGGAAGCGCUAAGUUGAAAGAGGAGUUUAAGAAUGUGCAGGAGAAAUUAGAAAAGGACUGUAUCAGCCUUGUUGAACACAAGGCAGUGACAAGUAAGUUAAAUAGUGCUUUAGCUGAGGCACAUAAGAAAGCUGAUGAAGCUUUCUCCAAAUAUCAGUCUGUUCAAGAAGAGAACUCAAAACUUCACAAAGAAAUUGAAGAUCAGAACAGAGAGCUGGACACAAUUCAGGAAGCGAUUCAUUCCAAGUUUGUCCCGCUGACUACCGUAGAGGAAAAGGAAAAGUGUUUUAAGGCUAAUUUGAAGGACCUGAGAGAGAAACUAGCUGAAGUACAAGAGAAAUAUGAUAAUGCGAAGGCUGACCUGGAAAGUCAGAGACAGGAGAAGGAGGCCAUGAAAUUAGAGAUGUCUUCUGUGCAGCAGAAACUGGAGGCUAACUUUGUGUCCAGUGAGAAAUACAGGGAGGCAGAGGAUGACUAUAAAGGCCAAGUGGAGAAUUUGAGUCUAAAACUGGUGGAGCUGGAGCAGCAAUACAUGGAAGUGACUGUGCAGAGAGCCGAGCUGGAAGAACAGAAUGCGCUGUGCACUGCUGAAAUCCAGAGCCUUCAACAGCGCCUGGAGAGCGAGUUUGUUCCGCUGGAACAGUUUGAGGCCUUGCAGCACUCGCUGGGAUCCAGCUUGCAGGAGGCACAGGCUGAAUGUGAACGGCUCAGAGAGGCCUACAAUCUGGAAGUUCAGCACGUUCGAGAGUUGGAGAGGGAUCUGCAGAGCCGCAGUAAUGAUGGUCAAGCAAGAGAGACCUUGGAGAGGGAGGUGACAGAGCUUCGACUGGCCCUGAGAGAGGAGGAGGAGACCAGUGCCCAGAGGGCCGAGGACGUGGCCACCCUGCAAACGGAGCUGCUCAGAGCAACACACGCCUUGGAUGACCUUCGCAGCCACGAAGGUCAGGUGGCCGAGCUUCGGGCAGAGAAGCAGAGACUGGAGGAGGAGGUGGCUGAGCUCAGCGAUCGGCUCUUGGGCCUGGAAGAUCAAUGUGAGGAGCUGUAUAAGGAGCUAACCCAAGCCAGAGAGGGUGAGAGCAAGGCACGGACAGAGACGGAGAACCUCCAGGCCAAAAGCACCUCCAUCGAGAAGGAGAUCCGAGAGUUGAAGGAGAGAUACGAUGACUCGCUCAGUACCAUCGGAGACUUGCAGAAGAGGAUUCAGGCCUCCUCGGAGCAGACCGAGGCCAAAGACAAAAGGAUCACAGAGCUGCUGGCGGACGUGGAGAGACUAAAGCAGGCUCUGAACGGCCUGUCCCAGCUGGCGUACACUGGCAACACGCCCAACAAGAGACACACACAACACAUUGACACACUCCAGGCGCAGGUCAAGAGCCUCCAGCAGCAGCUGGCUGAUGCUGAGAGGCAACAUAGAGAGGUGGUUUCAAUUUAUCGAACUCAUCUUCUGAGUGCUGCACAGGGUCACAUGGAUGAAGACGUCCAAGCAGCCUUGCUGCAGAUUAUCCGAAUGAGGCAGCAGUUUGUGUGCUAAAACCCCGCCUAAAGGCACCACUGACUCAAAUCCAACGUUCCUCUCUAGGUUUACAAUAAGACAAAGCCAUGCCCUCGUUCAGUCAGAAAGCAUUCGCGGAAUUAGAAGUGUCCUCCCCUGUGUUGGUCUGUGCUUCAGUAGAAUGAAUCAAAACCUAUUAUGGCUUUGUAGUGAUAAGGAGCAUUGGCAACAGCAGUUGCAGAACUGUUGCUAAGAGAGGCUGUAAUUAGGCCUACUUUACGCCUCCUAAAAAUGAGCAGUGGAGGAGUAGUUUAACUCUGAAUCAACAAAUAUAACGUUUGGCUGGCAAUUGUACUCCAGAGUGGCGUAAUAUGUGACUAAGAGUAGUAAUUUGUUGUGCUAUAGGCUGUGUCUUCUGAGUUCUAUCCUCAGUAGAGGUUUGUGCUGUGUUGUGCCGGGUUUUAUGUUGUUCAAGUAAUGGAGACUCAUGUAUCUCCUAUUUUUCUCAAUGGAAUGGCCUCGAGCCUGAAAACAGAUGAUGUCCAUAUUUCCCAGGCCUGGCCUCUCCUUGUCUCUAUGUAGCUACUUAUUUUAGACGCUUAGUCUUUGCUAUAAUCUGCAGUCAGGGAGCAGGUCUCCUACCUCUGUUGUAAUGGGUACUGGGCACAAACAGUCUUUUACUAAGGUCCAAACAACACAUCACAAAAGCAGCAUGGCUAAAUUUACAUGACUGGAGCUGGCCUUAGGUGCUUUAUCUAGCAUCUCCCUUAGCAACAGUAAUAGCCACUGACGGCAGCCAAGGUAUCAAAAAAAGUGAAAGCUGGAUUUGAGUCUGUGAAUGUCAAUGGCUGUGGAUGAAAUGCCCCCCCCCCAGGUAAUCAGAGAUGCUGCUCCCUUUUCCAGCUCCAAGCCUUCUGUUACCUGGAUAAUACUGCCCUCUUGUGGUGUGACUUGGCUGGCCAAGUUUUGAUGACAAAAUUUAGCUCUUUGUAGUUUAUUUGGCAGUGUAGGAGAUGUGACGCCUUUGAGAUUUUCUUUGGUGCUUCCAAAAUCUGAUAUUUUUAUCAUAGCUUUAUACUACUUUUAAUUAAUUAUCGCCAUGUUUUAUGGUAAUACUAUUCAGCAGGACUGGACUAGAAUGGCACAAUUACCUAUUCAAGGUACAGAACAUUUAGAUUUUCAUAUUUUUCAUUUUAUUAAUGUAUCAUUCUUUCCUUACACUAGUAAAGUGCAUUUAGCAGUAACUUGGUGCCCUUUUAGCUGCUUUAGCCGAAUCACUGACAUUAACAUAGCAUCAUAAUGCUGAGUGAAGUAGUAUAUAUUCACUGAGCUAACGCUAAUUGGCUACGCCAAUAAUAACUUAUUGCAGAAAAGGCUACUGAUUUCUAUUAACUGUUAAUAUGAACAUAAAUGAAGUUUUGGUUCUCAAUUGGGAUAGAAUGUCAUAGCUUCAUAACUGUAAAUCAUUUCUGCUUUAUUGAUCUAAAUGUAGUUUGUUGUUUUUCAUGCUAUGUAGGCUUCUUUUUUUUUCUUUUUUGUUGUUUUUUUUGUUUUAUGAAUUAGUGAUUUUAAUGUCAAUAAAAGUGCCUACUUUAGACUAAAA